AUGUUCAAAGAACCAGGUCCUCAACGUAGCUGCUUAACUGUUCUGAAGAACCUGUUCCUCAGGAGAAAGAACCAGCUCCUCCUGAGUGAUACUUGUACGUCUGAGGAUGAUAUUCUACGAGAGCAAAUUCGUGUCCGGGGAACUAACAAUUGGACGAUCAUAGCUUCAAAAUUCAAGGACAAAACUACCAGACAAUGCAGGAGGUGCUUUACUUAUUUUAACUAUGAUUUCAAGAAAGGUGGGUGGUCCCCUGAAGAAGAUAUGCUUUUAUGUGAGGCCAUUCUAGUUCUGAUAACAAAUUCUCUUGCCAUUGCAAUCUCGAUAUCUGAUAGAAAAAGAGUGCUUGUGCCUUGUAGGCUCAGAAGAGUGCUUUUUGGAGAGUUCGUGCAACAUAGGGAGUGUCCGCUUAACACAGGGAAGAGCCAUUUCUCAGAUGUCCUUGAAAAGCAUACCAUUAUAGAAAACUCUGUUGAUAAUUUUCGGAAUAAAAAUCAACUGGUUAGACAUCCAUUUGCAGUGCUUGUGCAGAAUUUCCAUAAUGCUGGAGGAAAUACACUAUCUCAUCAGCAUGUCAACAACAUAAAAGAGACAUCUAUAAACGCUAGUGAUAACAAAAGUCAAGGAACAUUCCUUAAGAGGAAUGAUCCAAAGCACUAUGUGCUGAUGCAACAAGCAGAACUACUGAGCUCACUGGCACUGAAAGUUAAUUCGGAAAACAAUGACCAAACUCUUGAAUCUUGA